AUGCAGUUCGCUGACAAAACCACACUCGGACAAUCCGCUGUUUUGGGCAUAUUAACUGAUGCACACCUGAGCCAAAACCAGUUCGACUGGCUCAGCACAGUAUUCUAUCUUUUCUACCUCGGCUUUGAAUUCCCGCAAAACUACGCGCUGCAGCGCUUUCCGGUCGGCAAAUGGGUCAGCAUCAACAUAUUUGUCUGGUCUGUCGCCCUGUUCUGCCAUGCCGCGGCGAAGAACUUCGCGCAGCUCGUCGUGUGCCGCCUGUUCCUCGGCAUCUGCGAGGGCGCGAUCACGCCGGGAUUUAUGAUCGUCACGGCGAUGUUCUACACACGCCAGGAGCAGACGAAGCGGGUGGGCUACUGGUUCUUGAUGAACGGAACUGCAAUUAUCAUGCUCGGCCUUGUCGCAUACGGGACAUUGCACAUCAAAUCGAGCAAUGUGGCGCCAUGGCAAUGGCUUGUGAUCAUCAUGGGCGCUAUCACGUUUGUAGUGUCCAUUCUGUUCUGGUUCUUCUUUCCGGACUCGCCAACCUCCGCAUAUUUCCUGACAUCGGAGGAGAAGAUCAUCGCUGUCGAGCGGCUCAAAGUCAAUCAAGCCGGUGUCGAGAACAAGCAUUUCAAGAAGGAGCAGCUAUUUCAGAUGAUGGAAUGCUUCAGAGACCCAAAGGCAUACCUAUUCUUCUUCUUUGCAGCCAUCUCGAACGUUACGAAUUCGUUGAGCAACCAGCGACAAAUUAUCGUCGCCGAAUUUAGCUUCUCCGACAUCGACACCACUCUGCUCGGCUGCGUGGAUGGCGUGGUGGAAAUGAUUGUGAUCUUUUGCGGGGUCAUGUCUGCGACGUACUGGAAGAACGGCCGCGCGUACACCGGGGCGCUGCAAUACUGCGUUGCGAUUCUUGGUUCGAUUCUUGUCAACACCUUACCGUGGAGCGACAAAGUCGGCCUGCUAUUCUCCUACUGGAUAUCCAUUAACGAGAUCGCCCCGUUCGUUAUCAUGCUUGCGUGGGUGGGCUCGACGACCGCAGGGCAUACCAAGCGUGUCACGAUGAAUGCUAUCGUCAUGGUCGGAUACGCCGUUGGAAACGCCGUCGGCCCGCUGUACUGGCAAGAUCAAUACAAACCUCGUUACCGCGUGCCAUGGUCGAUCCUUUCUGCAUGCUGGUUCGUGUCGAUGCUUUUGCUUCUUACCAUUCGGUGGGUUCUCGCGCGCGAGAAUGCACGGCGGGAGAGGGAGGAACACGACCCGGCGUACGACGAGGUAUACAUCACGGACGAGAAGACGGGCAAAGAGGUCAAGGUCGACAAGGCGUUCUUGGACCUUACGGACAUGCAAAACAGGGACUUCAGGUAUCCAUUAUAG